AUGGAGAGCGAGAUAAGAGAAGAUUUAUUGAAGGGAAAGGUGAUAGGGCUGAAGAGUGGAGGUAAGGUGCGCAGUGGAAGUACGUCUGGGGUAGCGGGAGGGGGGGGAGAUCUAGAUGAUGGGAGUAAUGAAGAGUUGGAUGGAGAAGAUGAUGGGAAGAUAGGAGAGAAUGGAGGAGAGGUCGGAGGGGCGGAUGGAAGAAAAAAUGAAGCGGAGUUGAAGAGACUGAAAAGGAGAGAGGAGAAGAUGGAGAAAAAAGUAAAAGAAUUAGAAAAGAAAUGGGAGGAAGGAAUGAGGAUAGAGGAGGAAGGAGAGAGAUUAAGGGAGCUACAACAAAGGGUAAACGAAUUGAAGAAGACUGAGGGAGGAAGAGGUGGAGCAGAAAGAGAAGAUAGGGGGUUGGAAGAGAGAAUAAGGAAGAUGGAGGAGAGAUGGGAGGGGAGGAAAAAGAUGGAAAGAAGAAGGAAGGUAGUGAUUAAGGGAUACAAAACAGAAGGAAAAGAUGUGAAAAGUAAAGUGGAGGAGAUAUUAAAGCGAGUAGGAGCGGAGGUGAGAACAGGAUAA